CGGGUAGAUCCAGCAAGCACCAGCUGGCAGCCAGGCAGGCAGGUACACGGGCAGCGCAAAAGCAACCACCCAUCAUGUCUUCGGAGGCGUUUGAAAACUCGGAGAUGGAUCUCCAGGCGGAGAUUGACAAGCUCCGCCGCCUUCAGUCUCAGAUCUCAAACUACUCUGGAGAGCAACGCCGACAGGCGGUGCAAGAAGCGCAGAGUCACCUGGAUGAAUGCGAGGACCUGCUGUACGACAUGUCAGCCGAGGUGCAGAAUGCCCCGCCCAGCUUACGGCAGCGCAUGAAUGCCAAGGUCACCGACUAUAAGCGCCAGGUGGCCAACUUUAAGAAAACGAUUACGGCGGAUGGUGCUCGCAGCGAUCUUUUGGGUGGUGCUACUGGCCGUCCUGCCUACUCAACGCGUGACAAGGCGUUGGGCAACCGUCAGAUGCUGGACGAGAGCUCAGCGCGCAUUGCCAACACGCAGCGCCUCGCUGCCGAGUCGGAGGAAAUAGGCCAUCAAGUCAUGGUGGAUCUCAACGAUCAGCGCGAGACUAUCAUUCGCUCUGGCCAAAAAGUGAGUGCUGUCGACGCCAACUUGGGCAAAGCCAAUCAGCUCCUCAAUGGCAUGACCCGCCGCAUUAUGACACACAAGAUUGUCAUGAUGAGCACAAUCUUGCUCCUCAUUGGCAUCCUGGGCGGUGUCGUGUACCUCAAGUUUUUCAAAUAAAGCCGCUCACACCCCUCGUGUGCGUUGUUUGUGCAAGCAAGACCCUUGCAUGCUGCAGUCACCAGUUGUGCAUGCUGCAGCGAGUUGCCGAGGCCAUCCAGGCCCUCUGGCUAGGUUUUUCCAUAUCUCUGCUCCUGUAUUUGUGUUCCUCCGUUUGUGCGCUUGUGUUUCGCCUUGUGGGUGGCAUUGUGCAGCUUGGCUGUCCCUGUGUCCCUUUAUUGUUCAUGGGUUUUAUGCAUCACUGCUCGCGCUCUUUGGGUAUAGUUACC